AUGGACGGUAGCAGAGGCGUGGACGACGAGUCUUUCUUGGCUGAUCUGAAUGGGUUCCUACACGACUGUGGCGUCCCAGAUCUGGAAAUUACAGCGCCAAACGCAACCGAUUUGCUGCAGGACAGUGACCAUCUCUUAGCGGAGACUGAGGCCUUAUUAGCGUCCUAUAACACAUCUAUAAAGACACACAAAACCCCAGAAGAGCUACGUCAUGAGCUCAGGAUUGCCCAAGCAGCUAAAAGACGUCACCGGUAUCGAGUGAAGAUCAAGAAUGAGCGUCAGACGCUCCAGGAGCAGGAAAAGACACUGUCAGAAGAGCUAAAGGCUUUACAACGGGCCAGAAAGAAGACCAGAACUAUUCAGGAGAACUGUAUUGCAGUGCCAUUAUGGAAAGCUAUCGCCUCGAGACAAAUGGACGGUCGACUGAUAGCUGAAGAGCAAGAGAGACGGCUAAAAUGUGCUGUAGUGAGUCGAGCCAAGGUGAUACAAGAAGUUAACAACAUGAUGCAACAGCAACUUAAUGGUGUGAGUUCACCUAACGCACCUGGAAUGACGAAGACGUCGAAUGAUGUGGAACUAGACGCGGACGAUAUAGCGUUGUUCGAGGAGUAUUUGCAGGAUAUGGACGAAGUAUACAAGCAAACAGACGAGGCUUUCGAAGCUUCCGGGGUCGAGGAGAACCCACUAGUAUCUUACAAAGAGGAACCAAAGUGGAAACGAGACGGUGAUUUAGAAUAUUUUGAGAAUCUGGACGUGUCCUUGAUCCCGUCCAGCUUUGAGAAGACGAGCAGCGCGAUGUGGCAAGCUAUGUUCCAUGUUCACCGGCAAAAAGAUCGACAGCACUACCGCGGCGUUAUUGAUCCUGAAAAUACUAUCGCUGUAAAGUGUCGGAUUCCAUCUCCAAAGGAAACAGGGGAGCGGGUGGAUAUGUUGAUUCACUUGGUAAUAAAACGAUAUAUCGAAGCGGACCGGGUGGUCACCGUGUGGCGCGCAUUAACGGAGGGGGACGCCGAAUUUGCGGGUAUGCAUUCCGACGAGACUGGGUGGUGCAUCGUACGACCAACUAGCACAGUCGACAGUGGAGCUACAGCGACUGUUAUCCAAACUUUUACACGGUUCAUACCGAUGGCCAUUGCUACAACUUUCAGUAACAAGGCUCAUGCGGAUCAAUUUGCGAAGCUGGUUGUGACGUCAGGAGAAGAGGAUGGCUCGGAAAUCACGCGCAUGAUGGCGUCCCUCUUGAUCGAGGAUCCACUGGAAGGGCAGCUUGUUUAG